AUGACCAACAUUCGCAAAACACACCCCUUAUUUAAAAUCAUUAACCACACAUUUAUCGACCUACCCACACCAUCAAACAUCUCGACCUGAUGAAACUUUGGCUCACUCCUAGGAAUAUGCCUAAUCAUACAAAUCCUAACAGGUCUCUUCCUAGCCAUACAUUACACACCUGAUACAACCACCGCCUUCUCAUCCGUAACCCACAUCUGCCGAGACGUAAACUACGGCUGAAUCAUCCGCUACCUCCACACCAACGGAGCAUCAAUAUUCUUUAUCUGCCUAUAUCUACACAUUGGCCGCAGUAUAUACUACGGCUCCUACACCUACCUAAAAACCUGAAACAUCGGAAUCAUACUACUGUUCACCGUAAUAGCCACAGCAUUCAUAGGCUACGUACUACCAUGAGGACAAAUAUCAUUUUGAGGCGCAACAGUAAUCACAAACCUACUCUCAGCCAUUCCGUACAUUGGAACCAACCUAGUAGAAUGAAUCUGAGGGGGAUUCUCCGUAGACAAAGCCACAUUAACCCGAUUCUUCACCCUACACUUCAUCCUCCCAUUCAUCAUCACAGCCCUUACAAUAACACACCUACUCUUCCUACACGAAACCGGAUCAAACAACCCACUUGGCAUCUCACCAGACUCCGACAAAAUCCCAUUUCACCCGUACUACACCAUAAAAGACAUCCUAGGCUUAUUACCCAUAAUCUUCAUCAUAAUAGCACUAGCACUAUUCUACCCAGACCUCCUAGGAGACCCCGACAAUUACACCCCUGCAAACCCCCUCAACACCCCACCACACAUUAAACCAGAAUGGUACUUCCUCUUUGCCUAUGCCAUCCUACGCUCCAUUCCCAAUAAACUCGGAGGCGUCAUAGCCCUCGUCCUCUCCAUCCUAAUCCUAGCAAUCCUACCUAUACUUCACACAGCAAAACAACGAAGCCUGAUAUUUCGACCAAUCAGCCAAUGCCUGUUCUGAAUACUAAUGACAAACUUACUAGUUCUAACAUGAAUUGGAGGACAACCAGUAGAACACCCAUUCACCAUCAUUGGCCAACUGGCGUCAAUCUCAUACUUUUCCAUUAUCCUAAUCCUAAUACCCAUAGCAGGCCUAAUUGAAAACAACCUAAUAAAAUGAUAA